AUGUCUCAAAAUAAAAGUAACAAGCAAAAAUCCAAAGCACUCCCACUAUUAUCUUCUGUUGAAAGACAGGAAUCAAUAUGUUCUUCAACGUCAAAUGAAACAAACUCUGAUUAUUUUGAAAACUCUGCAAGUUCUAGAGAUACUGGAGAUUCUGAUAGUUCUAAAGGUUCUGGAGGAUGUUCUUUAGCACCU